UUCGUUCUUCCCUCCCUCACCGCCCCCAUAAUUCAAACGUGAAUAUUUCAACCUCUUUUUCAAAUCUCACUCUCUUCUCUCGUUCCCCGUUCUAGUUUUCAACUCCAUUCUCAUUUCUAACUUCAGUGUCUUUUAUCGUUAGAUAUAUGGAAACAGACGAGUCAUGUCGAGUGCUUCCUUUUCAGCUUCAAUUCGAUAAACCCCUUGCUUCUCAGGUGAAAAUUGCGGAGUGGAAUCCUGAGAAGGACUUGCUAGCUAUGGUUUCUGAUGACUCUAAGAUCUUGCUUCAUCGUUUCAAUUGGCAACGCCUUUGGACAAUUACUCCAGGAAGAUGUGUAUCGUCCUUGUGUUGGCGUCCUGAUGGCAAGGCAAUUGCUGUUGGGCUUGAUGAUGGAACGUUGUCACUGUAUGAUGUUGAGAAUGGGAAGCUGUUAAGAAGCUUAAAAUCACAUUGUGCUGCCAUCAUAUGUCUCAAUUGGGAGGAGGACAGUCACGUAAUUCCUGAUGACCAUUGCCACACUUCAAAGUAUGAAGAUAGAACUUCCCGUUUCUUUCCUCCUGCUCCAAAAGUUCCUCGAAUGCCUGGAUUGGUAUCUGGGGAUAACGGCUUCAUGGAUGAUGGUGAUGAUUCGUUUGAGGAGCUGUCAAAUUCUUCUCACCAACGAUUCAACGUCUUAUGUAGUGGAGACAAAGAUGGGAAUAUAUGUUUUAGUAUAUUUGGCAUCUUCCCUAUAGGGAAAACUAACAUACACAACCUCACUUUUCCCACUUCUAGUGAUGGUGCAGAAAGAAGUAAAAGACUUUUGAAUGCUUCUAUACACAAGGUUGCUUUAUCAAAAGAUCUUUGUCGUUUGAUAGUCAUGUGCUCAGGAGACCUUGUUAAAGUUGUUGAUGACUUGGAUGUUAUUCAAAUGGCCGGGCAUAAUGAACAUGGCUUACAUUGCUUAGCCCUAAACACAGCUAUAUUUUGGAAUAGGAAAAAUGAGCUCCAUCAGGUAGCUCAACAGGCUUCUAACAUCGAGGAUUUGACUGAGGUUGUUCGGGCAUCAUUAUCAGUCAUGUCUAGGCAGUGGUCUGAUGCCAUGCAUACAUUCAAGGAGAAGUUCAACUCUUUGUCUACUCUGAUUACGGAUCACGGACUUGAUUCCUCUCCCCAAGAGGAGUUUCUGAGCCUUCUGGGCGGUGCAAGGACUAGUCCAGCAGUUCAUCAAUUUCUUGUUAACACUCUUGGUGAAGCGGGUGUCAAGCGCAUUUCAAAGGUUCUUUGCGGUGCUGGCAAAGAACUUCAACGUAUUGUCUUGGAGCACCUCCAGCCCGCUGCAGAAGUUAUUGGAUUCAGAAUGGGAGAACUAAGAGGGCUUUCAAGAUGGCGUGCACGAUAUCACGGCAUUGGCUUGGAUGAACCACUCAUUAGCAAUGCAACAGAAAAGGCUGGUAUGCUACUUGUACAAGUUGAACGAUUUAUGAGGGUUCUUUCAUCUGUCUUGCAGCAGUAUUCAAACUUCUUCAACUGGCUAUUAAAGUGCAUAAAAUUACUCAUGUCAGAACCAAGUGACCAGCUUCUUCCAUAUAACAGUGAACUUGUUAUUAUAUUUCUGAAGUGUCUGUAUGAACAAGAUCCAGUAAAGCAACUGCUAGAAAUAUCAGAAACAGAUUAUGAUGUUGAAAUUGAUUUGGAGACAGCAGAAAGAGUUAGAGAAUUAGUUCAGUUUGGGGGAUUUUCCGACACUGAAUAUCUUAGGAGGAAUUUGGCUAAAGAAUUUCAACAGUUGGAGUUAAGCUUUAAAGAUGCCUUUCAAAUGCCUUUUACGACAAUCUCUAGAAAGAUACUUUGUGAGGAUUUAUUACCGCUGUUUCCUCUUCCAUCUUUGCCACAAGCAUCAUCAUCAUCAUCAUCAUCAUUGACGAGAAUUCCCACUUCAAUAUCAUAUUAUGAGGAUUCCUCCAGAGCUUCUUCGUCGCAUUACACCGGUCAACAUCAAGUUAUUGAUUACUUAUCUUUUCAAGUACCUGAUGAGUCUUUCUCAGAUAUUGAAAAUUGCAUAUGCAUAGUCAGAGGAUUUAUGCAUAACUCAGACUGUCUAAAGAAGGGGUAUAGUUCUUUGGAAGCUGUACUGUUAUGUGUUCCUGUUGAUUAUAAAUGUGUCGAUCUGUCAUUGUAUAAGGAUAGUCAACUUGUCUUGCUACUAAACAAAGAUAAUAAUACAUCAGAAAGUGCCGGAGAUGGUUGUAUGAUGAUUCUGGAAGCAAGUGAUCUCCCAUAUGUCUCUCUAUCAAGAUCUGCGUUUGUAGACGUCUGGAGGUUACAAGAACUGAAGGAAUCUGCCGCUAUCCUGCACAUAGGGGAUGAGAAAGCUCGUACGAUCCCUCACUGUGUAAUUGCUCCCUUGGCAGUUAGUGCUUCAAGAGGCGUGGCUUGUGUAUUUGCUGCAAGAAAGCGUGCCUUGGUCUACAUUUUGGAGGAAGAUGAAGACGAGGUCUCUGAUGCAGAAUAGUUCUCUUCUUAGCAUUUAGUUUUGUUAUUUAUUUAUUUAUUUGAAGAGGGAGGAGGGGUGGGGUGUUGGAUAAUCAGUUGCCAUUUUCUUAAUAGUUAUUGAAAUAUUGUUGUAUCAUGUCCAUAUUCUUUAUUAGCGAACUAGAAUGUUCACCCGUGCAGGGAACUAUUUUUGUGCAGUAAAUAUUUAUUCCCAUCUACAAAGAAUUCACAAUGCUUAGAAUGAAA